AAAUGACCGAAUCCAUUCAUUAGCGGCAAUUUAACAUAGACUUAACAUAGAAUUUUAUUUGCAUCCGUACUUUUGGACAUUCGCCAGCAACAAGGACGUAUUGAGUCAUAUCGCGAGAAAACGCGAGAACAUGGAAACAAGACAACAAAAAUAAAUUUGUGGACAACAAGCCAGAGUGCAUGAUGGCGGCGUCGCUGCUACGCCGGGACAAGAAAGCUACUGCUGCCCACUUGAAGGCAGACUUAAACCGGACUGACAACAGCUCUGGGGUCCGACAACUUCAGGAGCUGCUGGACGCCGUGCUAAAUCCAGAAAAACCAGCAGCGGACACAGAGGCUCUUGACUGGUGUAAAUGUCUAAUUGCAGCAGGCGAAGGUUUCGAGGAGUUCUGCAAAACGGUCCGGUCCUAUGACAAUGCGACUCUGUGCGUGGUUUGGACGGCUAAUUUCGUGGCAUAUCGAUGCCGGACCUGUGGCAUCUCACCGUGCAUGUCACUGUGUGCUGAGUGCUUCAAUAAUGGAGACCACACAGGCCAUGAUUUUAACAUGUUUAGGAGCCAGGCUGGUGGGGCCUGUGACUGUGGAGACAGUAAUGUCAUGCGAGAGAGUGGGUUUUGCAGACGGCAUAGGUUGAGAACUGGGGAAAAUAUUCCCUCAAUACCUCAUGACCUCCUUUUGAUGUCAGAGAUUGUCCUUCCUCGCUUUAUCCUGUUUAUCAUACAGUAUCUGAGAGAUGGAUACACUGAACCAGACAGCUCAACCGAGAGAGAUCUACAAAUGUUGCAGCAACUGGAACCUCAGAUCUCUUUCCUAGAGGAGCUUACAAAGAUGGGAGGAGCAAUGAGGACUGUACUGACAAAGAUCUUGACCAAUCAGCAAACAUUCAAAGAAUUGAGCAUGGGCCAAGAAGAGAAUCUCUAUGCUAAAAAGAAUUAUGAAAAGUAUUUGUCAGCUUUGAAGAAUUCAGGUUUGGUGUCUUUGGAGGAGAAAAGCCAAGGUGCUACAGCUGAUGUCACUGUUGGCGCUGAAGGAGGUGCAGGAGCAAUGGUCUUAUUGGGAGCUUCUGUACCUGGAAGCCCAGAUGAGUCCAGUAAAGAGGAGGACCAAGACACUGGGCAGUCUGUUGGACAGAGAAAGAGGGUGAAGCUAAGUACCAGUACCAAAGACCUGUGUAUUAUUGAAUCUUUGAAGCAUAAAUGCUUUUUGGAGGAGUUGCUGUUUUGGACGAUAAAAUAUGAAUUUCCUCAGAAGAUGGUCACCUUCUCUAACAUGUUGCCAGAUCAAGAUUAUAAGAUCACUUUUACAAAAACAUUUGUCCAGCAUUAUGCAUUCAUCAUGAAAACGCUGAUGAAAAGCCAUGAGUCAGAUACCAUGUCCAACCGCAUUGUACAUAUUAGUGUGCAGCUGUUCAGCAAUGAAGAGCUGGCUCGGCAUGUGACGGAAGAGUGUCAGCUGCUGGACAUCAUGGUCGCAGUGCUCCUCUACAUGAUGGAGAGUUGCCUUAUUAAAAGUGAACUUCAGGAUGAAGAGAAUAAUCGCCAUGCUGUGGUGAACUGUAGUGAGGCCCUAUUGAAGAACAACACAUACUGGCCAUUAGUUAGUGAUUUUAUUAACAUCCUCUCACACCAAAGUGUAGCAAAAAAGUUCCUGGAAGACCAUUCAUUGUUGAUGCUGUGGAUGACCUUUGUUGCAUUUUUCCAAGGUAUGAACCUGAAUAAACGGGAGUUAAAUGAACAUGUGGAAUUUGAGUCUCAGACAUACUAUGCAGCUUUUGCAGCAGAGCUCGAAGCCUGUGCCCAACCAAUGUGGGGUCUCCUAACACAUUGCAAAGUAAAAGAGACACAAGAAUACACUAAAACUGUGGUUCGAUAUUGCUUGGAGACGUUGCAGGUCUGGUUUGACACCAUUGGCUUCAUUGAUGAGCCUGCUCCAAAUCAAGUGACAUUUCACCUGCCACUGCACCGCUACUAUGCCAUGUUUCUUAGUAAGGCUGUAAAAUGCCAGGAGUUGGACUUGGACAGCUUACUCCCCGACCCAGAGAUGCUCAUGAAGAUUAUGGUUCAUCCACUUCAGAUACAGGCAUGCCUCUCAGAGAUCCACAGCAACAUGUGGGUCAGGAAUGGUCUGCAGAUUAAAGGGCAGGCAAUGACCUACGUGCAGUCACACUUCUGCAACUCUAUGAUUGACCCAGACAUAUAUCUACUACAGGUUUGUGCAUCAAGACUAGAUCCUGACUACUUCAUUUCAAGUGUUUUUGAGAGGUUCAAAGUGGUUGACCUGUUGACCAUGGCAUCGCAGCAUCAGAAUGCUGUCCUUGACUCUGAGCAGGAGAGACCGAUGCUUGAAGGGGCACUAACUUUCCUGGUCAUUUUGACAAGUCUUCGUAUUCAUUUGGGUAUGACAGAUGAUGAGAUCCUUCGUUCUGAGAUGGUCUCUCAGUUGUGUAUGAAUGACCGUACACACAGUGCAUUAUUAGACCUUAUUCCUGAAAAUCCCAACCCUAAGAGUGGGAUUGUUCCAGGAAGCUGUAGUUUUGAAGAAAUGCUUUCUGCCGUGGCAGACUUCAAAGCUCCAGUGUUUGAACCAGGAGGCUCCAUGCAGCAGGGAAUGUACACACCUAAAGCGGAGGUGUGGGAGAAAGAGUUUGACCCCAUUAUGGUUGUCCUCAGGACAGUCUAUCGGCGUGAUGUCCAAUCCGCAAUGGACAGAUACUCAGCAUUUCUGAAGCAAUCUGGCAUUCACACCGGCAACCCGUGGCCACCGUACAAGGAGAGGACUCCUCUGCACCCAUGUUACAAAGGCCUAAUUAAGCUGUUGCACUGCAAGACACUGCAUAUUGUGAUAUUCACUCUCCUUUACAAGAUUUGGAUGGAUCAUCAGAACAUGUCUGAACAUGUGUUGUGCAUGGUGUUGUACCUGAUUGAACUUGGCUUGGACAAUCAGGUUCAAGACAACAAGGAGGAUGAGGAGCCUUGCAUCGAGGAGCACUGCCAUGACAGCUGGUUCCCUGGAACAAACCUCCUUUCCAAUCUGCACCACGUCAUUAACUUUGUGAGGGUUCGGGUUCCUGAGACGGCCCCUGAAGUGAAGAGAGAGGCCCCUCCCAGCACCAGCACCGAAGCCUCAUCUUAUGGGCAGAAUUCAAGGCGUCUUACAGGAAAUUGGAGAGAGAAUGUGCGUGAAGCUCAGGUGUUCAGCCUUGUGGCAGAGCGCAGGAGGAAGUUCCAGGAGAUAAUCAACCGCAGCAACACUGAAGCCACCCAGGUUGUUCGACCCAAAAGCUCCUCAACACGCUGGGUACCACCAGGAACACCACCCCAACUGGUAACAGAAAUCCUCGAGAUUCGGGAAAGUAUGCUGUCACUCCUCAUCAAGCUCCACCAGAAGCUAUCAUCCAGACAGAACUCGCUGUCAGCCUCCUGGUUAGAGGACAUGGAUACAAGCCGUCACGCUCAUGGAGAUGGCAUUACGGCCAUUGAGCGCAUCCUCACUAAGGCAGCCACUCGCAGCUGCCAAAUCAAGCGUAGCAUCCAGGAUAUUUGUGGAAAGGUUUGUCCUCCAGUGCCGCCAAAGAAGAACAGUCCCACUGACAAGAAGGCUAUGGAUAAAGAAGAGAGACGUCAGAGAGCUCGAGAGAGACAGCAGAAGCUGCUUGCUGAAUUUGCCUCCAGACAGAAGAGUUUCAUGGAAACUGCUAUGGAUGUUGAAUCACCUGACACAGAGGCAGCCAUGGACUUGGGACCCUCUGAAGUGAUGGAGUCUGAGGUCCUUUAUGACUGUGUGAUCUGUGGCCAGAGUGGACCCUCUACUGAGGACCGACCCACCGGCCUGGUGGUUCUUCUCCAGGCAUCCUCAGUACUUGGGCACCGCUGCAAAAGUAAAGAGGCUAAGAAGCUACCAACCACUGAUGAAGAGCAUAUCUACCCUGCAGAUACAUGUGGAGUGGCCAAUGACGUCAGGCUCACCCAAAUGCAGCGAUUCUUCAAAGAUAGUUCUUGUCUGCAGGCUGUAUCAAUAGGUUGGGAUGGGGGCGUCCUAUGUUCAAACCUGUGGACACCUUUACAUAUAGAUUGCCACAAGUCAUACAUGGAAUCUCUGAGGAAUGACCAGGUCCUUCAGGGUUUCUCUGUUGACAAGGGAGAAUUUACAUGCCCAUUGUGUAGGCAGUUUGCAAACAGUGUCCUUCCCUGUCGCCCGGGUCGGGGUACAGAGGCUGUGGCGUGGCAUGCACCACCAACAAGAAGAAUUGUGCUUGUUAAGGGAGGUGGAGCUCUUCAGGAAAAAUUAGGCUUUUGUUCACUGUGAACGGAGUCCAACUUGAGUAAAGAAAUGGAGCUGGUUAUCAAAGACAUCAAGAACACCACCCAGAAGAAAUACAUGGACUACGGCAAGAACCCCGGCUCCCCUGACAACGAUUUCCUCUUCAUGUACUCGGUGGCAAGGACUAACCUGGAACUGGAGCUUGUGCAUCGGGGAUGUAACUUGUGUUCAGGAGGAGCUAGUGCGGCUGCCAAACGCUCAUGUCUAGUAAAUCAGCUUUUCCAUGUGUUGGCCAUGCACAUGCGUCUGUACAGCAUUGAUUCAGCCUACAACCCCUGGACUAAGCUGACUCAGGUUGCACAAAGCAGGGAGACAGAUGGCUUUGAUGAAGAGAGACCUGAGGUGCCCAUGCUGUUUCGAGAUGUCCCGUCCCUCCUGAUUAUCUUUGUGCUGACCAUGCCACAACCUCUGCGUAAAGAGCACUUUACCUGUGUGGUGAAGAUGCUGUACAACCUGCAGUUCACCCAGGCUCUGGCUGCACUUUCAACCAAGUUCAGCUCAGAAGAAAGGCAGGCCUGGAGCACAUCUGGAGCACUUAAGAAGAGUUUCUGUGAACACCUGAGCUCCAGUGUGUGGUCCCCACAGUCUAUUGAGUUAACUCAGCAGUUCUGCCUGCCCUUCCUUCGCCUCUCCUGCCUUUUGCAGCAUCACCUUUAGGAGGACAAACCUGACGGCUGCCAGAAAGAGGAGGAGUUCUCGUCCUUGGCUGCUUGUUUGGGGCUCUUAUCCUCGGCCUCUCAGCCUUCCAACCCGUGCGACAGUGCCUCAUGUCUGGAGUGGGCGGUCAACGCUUUUGACUUAGUGACUCAGUUGUGUGCUGAGGUCACAGGACUCUCACAGAUGCAGGCUGAGCAAUCAUGACCCCUCCUCGUCCAGGAUCCUGAGUGGGCAGCCCCCCGCCUUCUCCAGCUACCUGACAACUAUAAUAUCAUCUUCCAGUACUACCAGAAGGCCUGCACUGCCUGCAAAAAGGUGCCAAAAGACCCUGCACUCUGCCUUGUUUGUGGCGCCUUUGUGUGUCUCAAGGGCGCAUGCUGCAAACCAGGAAUCUGUGAAUGUGUUUUGCACUCCCAACUUUGUGUGCAGCUACAGGCAUCUUUCUGUUGAAUAAACGCCUCAGUCAUCAUUAAUCGUGGACAUCGUUUCUGCUUGUGGGGUUGUUACCUGGAUGCCCACGGAGAGGAAGACCGUGAUUUACGCCGUGGCAAGCCUCUUUUCUUAUGUGAAGAGAGGUAUCGAGUAUUGGAGCAGCAGUGGGUUUCACACACCUUUGAUCACAUCAAUAAGCGUUGGGGGCCUCACUACAACGGACUCUAAGAUUUUCCGAAGUCCACUGAAAACCGCAACCCGUGACAGAAAAGUUUUUUUCUGACUUGUGUGUCUGCCUCGAUCAAAAUAUUUGGGAACUCUUAUGUGAAAACACAAACAUCCAUUGAGGGUUUUGCUGCCACAGCCUUGGUUAUGUGAAGUUUGGUGUACAAUCAUGCCUAAGAUUAACACGUGUGUUAAGUGAUUUAUUGUGUGGUUUUCAACAGGGAAAAUUUGCAAAGUUCGAAGUCAAAAGCACAACUCUGCCCAGCAGUUCAAUUGGUUUGGAUUGGGCUUUUAAAGCCUGUUACCUUUAUUUGGGCUGAAAAAAUAUAUAUCAUGUGCUGAAUGUCCCCUGCGAAGUUUAAUUACUUUUGCACCAUUUAUGAUGAUGUUAGUGCAUAUCCCUUUUAUUUAUCAAAAUGUGCGCUGCUGUGCUGGCAUGAGUUUCAAAGCUCCUGAUGAGUGUAGCGAUGUUAUUGCAAUGUGCACUCAUUGUCUGCUGACAUGUGAUGGUAGGCAGGACAAGUCCAUCAAACACUAUAGAGUUUUUUUGCAAACAAGCAAAGGCUCUUUUUAUGGGUCUAGUUGCAAUCCAUCCUCAGGAAUUUUUUUUGUUUUUGCUGUUAAAAUACGUUUUAGAUAUUUUAAAUAAAUGCUGCUGCUCAUUGUUCAAGUAAUUUAACUUUUGUGAAGAAAUUUUUUUUCUAAGGUUGUGCUUUGAGUUUACGGUAGAUGGCUGGGAAUGUUGACUCCAACUCUCUCUAAUAUUUAAGGAGGUAUGCGGUCACCUCAUUACGCUCACUGGCAGUUCUUUAGAUCCUGCCCUAGUCAGCAAUUUUCCCCCCUGGUUGGUUCUAAUGAUGAAACUCAGUUGCACUCUAGAUGGCUAAAGCUACAUCUGGUCAAAAUCAAUGAAGGAUCUAAGAUUCAUUGUCAUACCGUCUUAGACUUAGAGCUGAGUGAGUAUAUACAUGAGUUGUGUGCUACAAUCCAUUUUGAAGGCUAAAUCUCAUUUUACAGGAAGGUUCCUGCUGCACAUGGCAAGAAGCGAACCACAAAGUGAGAGCAGAAAUACUACAUUGGUCCUGUCAAGUAUUCUGUCAAGAUGUGAAUUCAAUGAAAUACAACUUGCUUUUGAGAUGAAAUGCCAAUACUCUUCAUUUCUGUGCUGUCAGAAAAAGUUUUUGCCCUGCUUUUGACAGUCAAGUCAUAACUGCAGUGCAAAACUUUAUUGUGCUGACUGCCCCUUUCUCGUGCAUCAACUAGUUGUAAGUUAUAGUGGCAUUCCAACAUUCAAGAUUAUCUGACUUGAGUAUCCGUUAUACACUGUGCAUGACAUCCUUUAAGCCACCAUUAUUUAAGUGUCUUAGCUACUUAUUUUUCUGGUUAUCUUUUUUUUUUCUGGAAGAGAGGAAAUUUAUCCUGUCGUGCCUGCAAGAUUAUUGUUAAUUUCGAGCGAUAACAACCUAUUGCAGUUGUCUCUGAAGUGUGGUUUUCAGACAUUUGGCCACAUGGCGCUGCAUCAAGUAAUCUUUAAGGAACAAGUUAACACUUGAAAAACUUCCUCUUGAAUUCAUGCAUGCUGCUUUUCUGUUUACUGAGUUUCCCCUCUCUUCUUGAUUUUUUGCAGUACCCACUUUGUAAAUGACCGCAACCAAAUAGCCAAUGAGUAAUGGGUGUAAAUUGUAACUGAAAGCUCUUGUGUGUUCUCCUGUAUGAAUGAUGAGAGAAUACAGUACAUUACUGUAGGUGCUGACUCAAACUUUCUGAGUUUGACCAGAAAGUAUUGACUUGGACAUUUAAUGCAAAAUGUAACAUAUGUGAAUAAAAUAUAAACACACUGA